AUGGAUCUGUCUGACGUCUCCGAAAUGCUCACCCACGCAGAAUCGUCUCCUUCAAAUGCUGAUCUAAUGUCAGCUAUUCAAGGCCUACAACAACAGAUGGAGUCGACCUUCCAUCAUGUAGCAGCACGUCUCCAAAAUCUUGAAGGAGCGGUUAAAGAGCUACUAGAACGCUCCACUCCUCGCUCUUCAUGCCUCUUCUGCCCACUCCCGGAUAACCGUGACGGUCAUACGACGUCACGGUGCAAUAAAUAUCCGGACGCAGUGGCAAAGAGCAUGCAAGUGGCGAGACUGGGCCUUUGCGGUCGCUGUCUGAAGCCGGCUCACGACGACGACGACUGCGGCGUGCAAUGUGCGGCGUGUGGGCGACCACACAACGUACUAUUGUGCGCCAAUCGAGGACAAGGCGGUGGCGGCUUCAAGAGACGACGACCUUGA